GUAGAAGCUUCAGAAGCUUGUAACAACAGUAUUGAUGAACUUAACUAUGAUGAGGAUGGAGAAAUAAGUAUUUUGAGACCUGAGAAAGUGGAUAACAUAAUUACAAGGUUGAUGCAGACAAUUCCAGAAGUAACAACUCAUCGGCCACUUGUUUCGGAUAGUGAUUCUAAAACUUUUGAAAGUGACUCUGAAGUUGAAACUGCUAAAAGUUAUGAUAUCAUGUCCUUAGAAAACUUGACCAAUACUAUUAAGCAACUGGAAAAAGAAGUUAGAAGUAUUGAGCGUGGUCAUGAAAGGAUUGAGGUGAGCAUUGUUGUGAUAGAAGCAGCUAGAAAAGCUAACAAGUGGCUAAAAAUGUUUGGAUUUGAGUACUCAGAAGUUAGAAAAAGAAUAUAUAUGGAUGGGUACGAGUAUGCAGAUGUGGUGGCUUAUCAUGAAAGGUUUUUAGAAAGAAUGGCAGAAUUUGAAGCACAUAUGGUGAUUUUUUUUGGUGAAAAUAUAGAAGAAGAGACUAAACUGAAUUUUGAUGAUAUUAUCAUUUUGGUAAUACAUGAUGAGUAUAUUUUUUUAGCUUAUAAUGGAAAACGUUGGCUGUAG